CUUAGCUAUUACUUCUGCUUUUUCUACUAUUGGUCUAUCUGGACCGUCGCACUGGGAUAGUGAAAGGGAAGGGGCGUAGGAUUGGUCGCUUGUUUGCCUUGGAAUUUGACAAAGGACAUAGUGAUGCUGGUUUAUUUGUUUCUUCUAAUAAAGAUGUCUCUAGUUCUCAUAAUCUUUGACACUUAUGGCAUCGUAGACUUGGUUGAGGGUAUUCAGUCUCAGAGGUCAUGUCCUACUACCCCACAGCAAAAUGGUAUUGCUGAAAGGAAAAAUCGUCAUAUUUUAGAGGUAGUUAGGACUUUGUUAUCUACUUCUCAUGCUCCUCCUAAUUUUUGGGUUGAGGCUGCUUUUACAACAAUCUAUCUCAUUAAUCGUAUUCCUUCUGAAGUAUUGCAUAACACCUCUCCAUAUUACUCCUUGCAUAAAUGCCAUCCUGAUUAUUCUCGUUUACAUGUUUUUGGUUGUGUGUGCUUUGUUCAUUUACCAUCUCAUGAAAGGACAAAAUUAUCAAACCAAGCUGCCAUGUGUGUUUUUGUUGGAUAUGGCAUUGAUCAAAAGGGUUUCCUGUGUUAUGAUCCAAAAAUUGGUAGAAUUCGUAUUUCUAGACAUGUGGUUUUCCUGGAAAAUUUAUUUUAUUUUGAUGUAAUUGCAAAACCCAAUAAUUCCUCACCUUCUGUGUUGCAUGACUUUUCACUUGAUCAUAAUGCUCCAGUAGAACAAAUUUCCAUUGAUCAAUUCCAUGUAGCAGAUGAACAAACUCAAACUUGUUCCUUUCACCAACCAAAAGAUGGUACACUUGUGGAUGCUCAAUCAGUAAGUGAUUCUAAUCCUGCUUCUAAUGCCGCUAAUAAUUCCAUUGUUUCUUUACGUCGUUCUGCUCAUACUAUUCGUCCACCUGAUCGUCUUAACCUUUUUACCUCUGUCUCUUUGUUGACAACAUUAGAUUUUGUUGAUAUACCUCGUUCUUACCAGGAGGCUGUUAGCAUUCCUUGCUGGAAGGAAGCUAUGGAUUCUGAAUUAAGUGCCUUAUUGGAGAAUGAUACUUGGGAUAUGGUACCUUGUCCUUCUAAUGUGUCUAUUAUUGGUAGCAGGUGGGUCUUUUCUGUUAAGUUCAAAGCAGACGGUAGUAUUGAGCGGUAUAAAGCAAGACUUGUUGCCCAAGGUUAUAAGCAAGAGUAUGGAAUUGAUUAUAUAGAAACAUUUGCACCAGUGGCUAAAAUGACUACAGUGAGAUUACUUAUUGCUCUUUCGGCAAUGCAUCAGUGGCCUAUUUCUCAAAUGGAUGUGAAGAAUGCUUUUUUGCAUGGGAAUUUGAAAGAAACUAUUUAUAUGAAGCCUUCUCCAGGUCGCCUCCUUUAUCUUACUAUGACUAGACCUGAUAUUCCUUAUGCUGUGCAAGUGGUUAGUCAAUUUGUUGCAGAUCCUCGGCAGUUACAUCUAACGGCUGUUCUUCUUAUAAUUCAAUAUCUUCGUGGCACUAUUUCGAGGGGACUUUUCUUCUCCUCUCAUCUUUGUAUGCAAUUGCAAGCUUUUGCAGAUGCUGAUUGGGCAAGUUGUCUUGAUACACGUCGCUCAACCACAAGUUGGUGUGUGUUUCUUGGUGAUUCCCUUAUUUCUUGGAAAUGCAAGAAACAAAAAACAGUGUCCAAAUCCACUGCUGAAGCUGAAUACCGAGCAAUGUCUUCAACAUGUAGUAAAUUGACUUGGCUUCAAGGAUUUUUACAGACACUUACUUUUCCCACUCCUCCUUCACCUCUUUAUGCUGAUAAUAUGAGUGCUAUUCGUAUUACAUCUAAUCCUGUCUUUCACGAGUGUACCAAGCACAUUGAAGUGGAUUGCCACUUUAUACGGAAUAUGUAUCUUGCAGGUGCCAUUACUCUUCCUUAUAUUGCUUCUGAGCAUCAAAUAACAGAUAUUUUUACAAAGGCAAUGACAACUGCACGACACAAGUUUUUAGUGAGCAAACUGACACUGGUUUCCCAGCCUCAGUUUGAGGGAGAGUGUAGGAAAUAGGCAUAUUUUGUAAUUUUGUUUUAUAUUAAGGGUUUUUAUGUAACUUUACAUUUUAUAUGAUGAGCUAAUUCCACUCUAGCAAGUGUACUAGUCUGUUCAAGUAAUAUAAUGAUGAAAAUAGA